AGGUUUCAUACAUAUAUACAAUCGUGCACACGCAUUCAUGCGAUGGUUUGUUCUGUUAUUAUACAAGAGUGAGAUAGAAAGUGAUUCAUCGUUGAUUGAUACAAAACGGGGAUUUCUGUAAUUAAUAUUUUUCCGUUGAACGUACGUUAUAUUCGUAAAUGACACAAUGUUGCAAAAUUACAGAACAGUAAUGAGGACGAGCGAUAGGUAUACUCGUCAUAAACGUAUCGCUUAAGUCCCUAAUGUUUAAAAUGACGUAUCCCGGGUUAGUACUCCUUGUCGGAGUUGGAAUUGGACUAGCGACUUUUCUGUAUUAUGUGUUCAACGAAAAUCGCGAGGAGCAGCAGCAUUCAUAUUCUAGAAAUGACAGGUCACCGGAGGAUCGCUACGAAGAUCGUUCUUGGUCGUCGCAUAAGGCUGAAAACACAACAUUCAAUAGAAGGAGUUCAUCAAACUCUUUAAAAAAUAAAGAUGGGAGGGAACCUACAACGAGUAAAGAUGAUAUAACCUAUUGUUCAAUCUGCCAAUACGCAUUAAUCGAGAAGUCGGAAGUAAUACAAUUGCGUCCUUGUAAACAUAAUUUUCACAAAGAUUGCAUUGAUGAAUUGAGAAGAUAUGAUCCUGGGGCUUCUUGCCCUAAUUGUAGAAGAAAGAUCAAACAAGCAAUAUAAACGUCACAAACGUACAAUCGGCUUCUAUAGCCAUUGCGUGAUAAAUAUUAAUUGUUAUGUGAUUAUUUUAUCUUUAUUAUAUUUAUAAUAUAUUUGUUUUCAAAAACAGACAACAUGACAUAUGAAAUAUUAGAUAUUUCAAUGAGUUAAACGUAUUUUCAAAAUUUUUAGGUUAUAUAUUUUGCAAGAGAAGGAAACAUAAGAUAUUAAAAGAUUAAAUACUCAUGAUGAUGACUUCUGCUUAGACUUUUAAUUUAUAGCAAAGCAAGUCAUCCGCCCAAUUCUCGAGCGAAUAGAUCUAAAGUUUUGCCUGAUGCAGAAAAUCGAUUUUUCGCGAUACACUUUUUUCGCUUCGCUAAAAAUCGAUUGUUCUUAUUCUUAUCUCGUUCGAAAAACCAUUGGGGUUGAAGGCUUGUCUAAUACAUAGUUCAAAGAUAAAUUAUUAAAUCUGUGCUUCAAUUAUAGGCAAUCAGUCUUAAGCAGCUUGUAACUUGUUUAUAUGUAUAACCAGGAGUCCGUGAUAUUCAGGUUUCUCUUUUCGUUAAUAUUAUUUCAAAUUUACAAAAAUUGAUUACAUAUUAUUUGUUAUGUAAGGAACAAGCAGGGUAUAAACAAAAUUGGAAGCAUUAUUCCAAGAGUGUCUUUCCUGGAGCAAAUCAAGUCGAAAAAAAAAAUUUAUUAUUUUUUUCAAUAAAAAUAUU